ACUAAGAGCAGUCGGUGAACAUGCUUUAUGCUGUUGCUUUUAUUGCAGUACAUUUCACCACUAAUUAUUAAAUUGCUGCUACUUGAAUGGAUGUAAUUCAAUAUAUAAUGUUUUAAGGGAUUUGCUGGAGCUGCUGUUUGAAGUGAAAUGGGAAAGAAGAAGGUGAAGGACAGAAGUGCUGGAGCAGACAGCAGCUCUGAGACUGCAGGGCCCUCCUGCACUCACAUCCGUAAAGGAACAGAGCACAGCGUACUGAAGAAAGCCUGUCUGAAUGAGCACUGGAGCUCCUGUCAAGACUGUGAGCAGGACAAGCCUGAAGAAAAGCAGAUCUUAGAGGAUCAGACUGACAGAGAGAGUCCAGCUGUGUGGAUGUGUCUGAAAUGCGGACACAGAGGAUGCGGGAGAUCAGGGAAUCAGCACGCUAUCAAGCACUACGAGACCCCUCGCUCUGAGCCACACUGUUUAGUACUCAGCCUGGACGUCUGGAGCGUCUGGUGUUACAUCUGUGAUGAUGAAGUACAGUAUUCCAGCACGGGGCAGCUGGCACAGCUGAUCACUAAUAUCAGAAAACAAGUGCUGACGGCUCCUGACAAGAGGAACGCCAGCAAAAAAAGUAGGAAAGAAGAGAUCUCCGUGAUGAAUCCUGCAGAGCAAACACAGGAUGAAGAGAAGGGCAAGAAGGGGAAGCAGAAGAGCAGCUCGAAACAAGAGGACAGUACUAAAAUCCAGAAUUCAGCCGCCGCUGGAAGCUCAGCUGUGGUGUCUGUCAGGGGUCUCAGUAAUCUGGGAAACACCUGUUUCUUCAAUGCAGUCGUGCAGAGUUUAUCACAGACACAGUAUUUGCGGGAGCUGCUGAAGCAGAUUACAGAGGAGAAGAGCAGCUUCUCCAUCACUCCUGCACUGUCAUCUGAGCUGGAUCCUCUUCAGAUUCAGCUGGACAGACCUGGAUCGCUCACACUGGCUAUGUGUCAGCUAAUGAAUGAAAUCCAGGAGACCAAGAAAGGUGUUGUGACUCCUAAAGAGCUCUUCACACAAGUGUGUAAAAAAGCUCCACGUUUUAAAGGCUUCCAGCAGCAGGACAGUCAAGAGCUUCUGCGGUACCUUCUGGAUGGCAUGAGGGCUGAAGAAGCUAAAAGAGUAAAUUCAGGAAUUCUGGAGGCUUUAAAACCUUCUGGCAAAAACUUUGAGGCUGAGCAGAUGAAGAAGAUAAUUAAAGAGUAUGAGAAAAAUGGAGCGCCCAGGAACUUUGUGGACCGAGUGUUUGGUGGAGCGAUGAGCAGCACGGUGAUGUGUAAAGAGUGCAAAACUGUGUCUCUGGUCACUGAGAUGUUUCUGGAUCUUUCUCUUCCUGUAGCCGAUGAGGCCUACAGGAAGAAGAAUCAGAAGAAAGCAGUCCAGCAUCGCCACAGUGUCAGUGAUGAUGAAGACCAAAGCACAAGUUCUCUGGCCAAUGGGAAUGAAGACAUGCCUACAGGAACUGGAAGCAAAUAUCAGCAGAAGAAAGCCAAAAAGCAGGCCAAGAAACAAGCCAAGAAUCAGAGACGACAGCAGAAACAGGGUGGUAAAGUCACCCUAGAUGCUAUAACCAAUCAGAGCUCCACAGAUCCAGCAGACAGCUCCAUGCAGACUCAGACGGUCUCAGUAAAUGGCAGCGCUGAUGCACAACCAGCAGAAACCAACCAAGAGGAUUUGAGCCUCGAGAAACAAAAUGGGGAUCAAGAUGAUGAGGAACCAGAGCAAGAACAACCUGCAUCAGUCAACAACCGCUUCACUGCCUUAUCUGAAGACCAAACAACUGAAGAUGUAGCAGAAAAAGUGAAUGAAGAUGAGGAUGAAACUGAGCAGAAUUGUGCUGAAGAGGAAGAGCUAGUAGAAGAACUGAAUACACUGUCUCUGACAACACCAUCAGAAAGUGAUGUAGAGAAUGGAGAAGACGCCUCAGAGGAUGUUAAAGAGUAUACAGUGGUAAAUCGAGACCCUGAGUUGGCCUUUCGAGCGCUGGCCUUCAGGACGGCACCAGUGAAACAGGAGUGUUCAGUGGAGUCCUGCCUUUAUCAGUUCACUGAGGUGGAGCAUCUGACUGAGAACAACAGACUGAUGUGCGUUACAUGCACUAAACAACAGCCGGGAUAUAAAGAUGGUUGUAAGAAAGCUGUUUACAGAGACGCACUGAAGCAGAUGCUGAUCUCUGAUCCUCCUGCGGUGCUCACCCUCCACCUGAAGAGAUUCCAGCAGGUUGCAUACAGUGUUUGUAAGGUCAACAGACACGUGCAGUUCCCUCAGAUCCUGGAUCUCGCUCCAUUCUGCUCUUUAAACUGCACGGGUGUAAAAGAGGGCGAGACGCAGGUGCUGUACAGUCUCUAUGGCAUAGUGGAGCACAGCGGCACCAUGCGCUCUGGACAUUACACUGCCUAUGUUAAAUCACGACCCUCCACACACAAUUGUGUACAAAACGGGACUGCUGCUGCUACAGGUGACGCCGAGGCCAGUAAAGGAUCCUGGUUUCACAUCAGCGACAGCAGCGUCCAUCCAGUUCCAGAGGCCAAAGUGCAGAGUUCCCAAGCCUACCUCUUAUUCUACGAGAAGAUCUCAUAAAGCUUUGCUAAAACGAGCUACGAUCCAUACAAAGGGCUGCUGGUGCCUCAUUCUGACUGCUGGGAAAUCUACAUAAAACAAUGCAAAUCAACUGGAAA